GGUCCCUUGUACUUGGUACCUACCACCGGAGCGGUCCUCCUCCUAUUUCUAUAUGCCAAUGUAAAUGCAACUGGAUGCUUUCAACACUUCCAUCUGCAGACUGCAGUAGUUAGCAGAAGUGCCUUCAAUCUCUCUCUCUCUCUCUCUCUCUCUCUCUCUCUCUCUCUGUGAUCAACCAUGAAAGGCCUCUGCAUUGAUCUUUUUAAGAAUUACAGUUUGGGUUUAGCGGGUACUGCUGGGAUAGGGGCUGGUACUCGGAGCAGCAGAGCUUUCACUCACCCGUCUCAGAGAAGAAGAUGCAACUAUCAAAACCAGAAGCAUUUCUCUUCCUCCAAACUUAGAUGCUCUUCCUACUCCACUAAACCUUGUUCUGCAACUCUGUCGGCUGUAACUGCGGAGGUUGAAGAAGCAAAGCAAACAUUCAAUCCGGAAAAAGCCGGUCUUCUAGUUAAGGAGCUGCGAAAGAGUUUUAAUUCGGGAAGGACGAAAAGCUAUGAGUGGAGAAGGUCGCAGUUGGAGAAUAUUGCAAAGAUGCUUGAAGAAAAAGAGAAGGAGAUCGCUGAAGCUCUUUACAAGGACCUUUCAAAGCCUGAAAUCGAAGCAUUUAUAUCCGAGAUUGUUCAGGCAAAAUCGUCAUGUAACGAGGCAUUGAAAGAAUUGAAGCAUUGGAUGGUUCCACAGAAGGUCAGCACUCCAAUCACAACAUAUCCAUCAUCAGCAGAAAUUGUGUCAGAACCUCUAGGAGUUGUGUUGGUCAUCUCAACAUGGAACUUCCCUUUCUUGUUAUCUCUUGAUCCAGUCAUUGGAGCUAUUUCAGCCGGCAAUGCGGUUGUGCUAAAACCCUCAGAAAUUGCUCCAGCUACAUCUUCACUACUUGCAAAUUUAGUAGAGGAGUACUUAGAUAACUCAGCUGUAAAAGUUGUUGAGGGCGCUGUUCCAGAAACAACUGCAUUGUUAGAGCAGAAGUGGGAUAAGAUACUCUAUACAGGUAGUGCAAGAGUAGGGCGCAUUGUGAUGGCUGCUGCUGCAAAACACCUUACACCUGUAAUUCUGGAACUCGGUGGAAAGUCCCCAGCUGUUGUCGACUCAGAUGUUAACUUAGAGGUGGCUGUUAGGAGGAUAAUAGCAGGCAAAUGGGCAUUGAACAAUGGACAAGCUUGCAUCGGUGUUGAUUACAUUAUCACUACGAAAGACUUUGCUCCGAAGUUGAUAGAAGCUCUAAAGUAUGGUCUCGAGCAGUUCUUUGGGAAAGAUCCGAUGAACUCAAAGGAUAUAUCACGGAUAGUGAGCUCUACCCAGUUUACACGGUUGGCGAAGCUGCUGGAUGAGGAUAAGGUCUCUAAUAAGAUUGUCCUCGGUGGCCAAAUGGAUGAGAAGCAAUUAAAAAUAGCUCCAACUAUCUUGUUGGAUGUUCCAGAAGACGCUCAAAUUAUGCAGGAGGAGAUAUUUGGGCCAUUAAUGCCGAUCGUCACUGUUGAGAAGAUUGAAGACAGUUUCAGUGUGAUAAAUUCAAAGCCAAAGCCUCUUGCAGUAUAUGCCUUUACAAACAAUGAGCAGCUGAAGAAGGGCUUCGUGGAUAACGUAUCAUCUGGAGGAAUGCUCAUCAAUGACACCGUCCUUCAUGUUAGCAUAAGCGGUUUACCAUUUGGAGGAGUUGGGGAGAGUGGAAUGGGUUCAUACCACGGAAAAUUCUCCUUUGAUGGUUUUAGCCACAAGAAAGCAGUUCUUUAUCGAGGUUUCGGUGGAGAUUCCGAUUUGAGGUAUCCACCCUACACACCGGAAAAGCAAAGAUUAUUCAAGGCCGUGAUUAAUCGCGACAUAUUAACCAUAAUCUUAUCUCUGAUUGGAUGGUCUAAAUGAUGAUCAAAUUAGGCAGGUGUAGAGAGGACGAACUGUCCUCAGUAGAGAGCGUUAGUUCUUUUUCCUUUGCUUGUACUUUGCAUGCAAUGCAUUGCAAAAUAUGUAUCUUUAAUUGCUCUUCA